AUGGCUGCCUCCGCCGAGGUCGCCACCACCAACGACCCGCCUCUGGUGGACAGCUACUGCGCGCUUCUCCUCGGAGACGAGCUUGGAAGCGGCAGCGGCUUUGUGCCCGCGCCGCAGGCGCUGUCGGCGGAGAGCCUGACCGUGCUGCAGCGUGACCUGCCAAUGAUCGACUUGAAGUGCCUGACGAGCGGCGAAGCGAGGGAGAGGGACGUGUGUGCCGACGCCAUGGCGAGCGCGGCGUCGGAGUGGGGCUUCUUCCAGGUGACCAGCCACGGCGUGAGGCGGGAGCUCCUGGAAGGGAUGAGGCGGGAGCAGGCGGUGCUAUUUCACCAGCCGUUCGAUACCAAGGAGAAGGCCGGACUCGUAGACGGCUCGUACCGGUGGGGCAACCCGACGGCAACGUCGCUCCGUCAGCUUUCCUGGUCGGAGGCCUUCCACGUUCCGCUCGCGAGCAUCUGUGGGGAAGACGGCGAGCACGCACAGCUCAGUUCCUUGAGCUUGAGGGGAGUGAUGCAGGAGGUGGCGGACGCCAUGUCGCGGGUGGCAGACACGGUGGCCGGGACGCUGGCGAGGAACCUCGGGCACGCCGGGUCCACGUUCCCGGCGGCCGCAGGGUGCGACGGGACGACAUGCUUCCUGCGGCUGAACAGGUACCCGGCGUGCCCGUUCGCGGACACGUUCGGCAUGGUGCCGCACACGGACAGCGACUUCCUCACCAUCGUCUGCCAGGACCAGGUUGGGGGCCUGGAGAUCAUGAACGGCUCCCACUGGGUCGCCGUGAAACCCCACCCCGACGCGCUCGUUGUCAACGUCGGCGAUUUGUUCCAGGCGUGGAGCAACAACAGGUACAAGAGCGUGGAGCACAAGGUGGUGGCCAACUCCAAGGCGGAGCGCUUCUCCAUCGCCUACUUCCUGUGCCCGUCGCAUGACUCGCUCAUCGGCACAUGCGGCAAGCCGUCGCCGUACAGGCCGUUUACAUUCGGAGAGUACAGGAGGAAGGUUCAGGAUGAUGUCAGGCAAACGGGGAAAAAGAUUGGGCUACCCAACUUUCUCAAAUGUUCUACGAUAAGUUGA